UAUCGAUAAAAAAUGUCGACAAAGGAGAACAGAAGAGAAUAUAUAUAUAUCGCGCCUAUGCUGAAUCUUAUUCUAAGACUUUCACGUAAGUAAAUUAUUAUGGGGAUUGGGGACAACUGACGGAUCACGUGACAUACGCUUCAAAUGGUUUGAAAAGUGAGUUAGCACACUAGCGCAGUGAGUUACAAACAGUUGAGCUACGCUGCGCUGGAAGUUACGGCGGGCGGCCAUCUCUUCAGUCUUCAGUGUACGGCCACCAACUAUCAACUUAUCAAGUAGUGGCUAGUGAAUACCGACACUCGACAGACGACAGUUGGAAUUGCGCAGGUGGCGAUACUGGUUAUCGGACGCAUGCGUUGCGCCGCGAUCCCGUUAAUGGACACUGACAUAUCCAAGUUUUAUUUUAAAUAAAUUAAAAUUAUUGGAAACCCAAAUUAAUCAUCAGCUUUUUGUUAUAAAAAAGUGAAUUAAAGUGUUGCAAUUACCAAUUGCAUUAAAACGAACGUUUGAGAAUUAAUUAAUCGAUUUUAAUUUAUGUUCUCUCUUUCUCAAUUUUUUGUGUUGCCGUUGGAACUUGUAUACUUACUAUUGAAUUGAACUGUAAAAGUAAAGUUUCCCAUGAAUAUAAACAGGUCCUAGAUUUUGUCUCUCGACUUGUGUUUUUGUGGUGUGUUUAUUACGGUAGUAGGUUUGCCCAUAUAACAGUUUACGAUGUGUGAGUGAAGUAAGCUCUAAUUGAACCUGUGUUUCUUGUCUAUAUGGUUUAUGUGAGGAGCGUGGAGCGGUGUGCAGUAGCCGAAUGAUGCCCGCUGCGCGCGCUCAUCCGCCGACAUGGCUGCACUCUCCUGUUACCAGCCCUGCAGGUCGCAUCUUGCGCAACCGGCUAGGUGUUUAGACGACUACGAAGAGCAAUCGGCGACCCUCUCGCUUCGGCGUAGGCAGUUUAUAGAGAGAUGUCACGAUGCGCGGUCAGGACGGCACAGAGAUUUCAUACCUGAGGUUUCAGUGAAGAGGACGAGGGACGAGCUGGCCAAAUAUGCGGCACAGGCAGCACCGGCGAGGCGACUGAAUGUCGAAUCCGGGUGGUCCAAGGUCGAAGAAGUCAGGAAGAAGUUCGAAGGUGCAGCGGCGGCGGCUUCCUAUUCGAGGUCGUUCGAGUCCCCUCCUAGACGUCGGCUAGCCGACUCCCUCUUCGCGAGUUUCAAGCUCCCGCGCAAGAAAGAGAUGGCGGCGCCUCGCUCCCUCGCCCUUCAGCCCCAGCAGAAACGCAAGUCGGCGGUGGAACUCCUCGCCGAGUCGAAAGCCUUCUACGUCAAGUCGGAGACCGUUCUGGAUCGGAAACAGGAGUUGCCCUUGAGGGUGAGCAGUGGUUUGAGCCAGGCGAUAGCGGCCGGAGGGUGUCACCUAGUCAGUUCCGGGACACUCGACAACGACGCCUGCUGCAACCCAUAUGCUACCACCAGGAUCAGCAGCAGACGCGCGGUGAGUGCCGGGGAAGGGCUCCAGAACACUCUGAGGAGACUCCUUGAACACGCCGAUAGUCGGGAAAAUGUCUACUCCCCUCCUUAUGCCUGCCAAAAACCCUUCACGGAAAUACGUCGCGUCAAAGAGCCGUAUACGGACAGGGAGUUGUCUCGCUCCCAGCAUACUUCGGGCACCUUCUCCGGGACCUCCUCCUCUGGCACGUCUGCCUCUAAGGACAAGAGGCCGCUCAGUUUCGGGGACGCCAGGGUCUUCUUCCCGGAGUCAUUCGUUAUCCCGAGACAGAGGGCCAGCGAAGUCGUCAUCAAGAACGCUUAUUCGAUACCGAGUCCACAGUCGAGUCCGCACAAUCCGGGGCAGGAGACGUCCCCUCACGGGGACCAACUGGAUACUAUCAGCCCUCCCGCGGAGUACGCUCAUACGGCACCCAGGUACAUUAGAUCGAAUUCCCACUCUCAACCGAGUGUCCGCGAAGAGGACGGCACCGCCAACAUCAACAGUCACAAAUCGCUGCCGGACCUGCACGCUCAGACGCACGGAUUCCCGGAACACGUCGUGGUCGGGACGGAGUCCAUCGGGCGUUCUCCGAGGAGACGCCGGCAUUCGGCUCACCACAGAACCGCCUCGUGCUCUUCCAAAGGCACCAGGUCCAACCAUUCGUCGCUGAUGUCUUCGUGCGACGCUUUCUCGGAGCAUCCAUCUCCGGGCGAAGAAAACUACCAGUCGUACAAUAGUCGUUGCGGUUCGUCGUUCGCGCGCGACUCGGGGGGUUCCAGCGGCCACUACACCCAGCGCAGUGCGCCCCCUCUGGCCAGAGACAACUCCGCGCCCUACGAGUCGUUCGACCCUCGCAGACGCUACGCGUGUCCACGGGCCCGCGAGUCGUCCCUGGAGCAGUGUUUCGUGUCGGCCCCUCCUCAGUUCCAGGACGGGGCUCCGUCCCCGCCCCCCGGCCCGCUCUACUCCUCGCACCCCAGGGUGGGAAUACACUUCCAGGCGAGUGCGCCUCCACCGCAGUUCCAGGACGAUCCCUUCUCCUACGACUGCUCGUACAAAGCGCCCCUCAAGUGCCUCUCGGUCGGCAGGAAGGACUUCGUCGCGAGGGAAUAUCCGAGGUACCAGGAGGCCCCCGCGGAGGUGGUCAGCAAACAGCCUCAGUACCAAGAAGAGAUGUACCGGAUGAGACCGAGAAUCGACGAUACCCAGGAAUACGUCAACGCUCCACCGCAGAUGUGUCAAGCGGAGGAGGUGACGUCGCCUCUGGGGACUUUCAAGCGCCAGAGGUGUCUCCGGUACAAGCAGAGGCGACCUCGGCCCAUUCUGAGGUCCAAAUCGGACAUCUCCGACAGAUACCGUCGUGCCGACGGGCGGAGCCCCGCGUCGGCCCCUUGCGAGGGGGAAGACUCUCCGGACAGUCCGUCGGAGGAGUCCCGGCUGCAGGUGUUCUUCGACCGUCUGGGGCUGGAGUCCCGCACGUACGACGCGGUCAUUCGAGACGAGGACCCGGACAGCCCGGUCUUUUUCUCCUCGGCCUCCACGGUCGACUCCAAUCAACUCGCCACCACCGACUACACGGUGCAAGGGCCUGCCGGCGCGCAGAAGCCCAUUUACCGAAAUACGGAACCGCCGAGUGUCGUCGAGAGGAACGCCAGAAUCAUCAAAUGGCUCUGCCAGUGUCGGAAAGUUCAAAUGCAGCCUCCGCAGUAACUACGCAGUAACUACGAUGAAAACAACGUUUCUCAAUCAAAUAAUUUUAUAUAUGCAUAAACUUUACUCGAUGAAAUAUAUAUAUAUAUUUAUAAUGUCUUCAGAGUUAAAAUACGUACCGGUCUUUAAAAUUCUGAGGAAGUCUGUUCACUAGUUUAGGAAGCGAUUACUAAAAUUAGUCGUUUUGUCGCGUCUAGCUUAGGUAUAAAAACGAUCUCUUCGAUUUAAAGGAAUCAAUUGAGGACUCCGCUCAGGUUAAUGAAAGGGACUCGUGCGCCAAGUUUCUUUUGCUCUGUUCAUUUUUCACACAUUAAUAACACAAAUACCGUGACGUAGCGAUAUAUCUGUAUAUAUAUAUAUAUAGGAACAUAUGUUCCUCUCGUGCAUUACACCCGAAGUGGGAAAUGAGUCGAAAGUUAUUCGUGUUAUCGUCGUUUUUAAAAUUUGCAAUUGUCCAUCGAAUUUCCUACAAAUAUUUAAGAAAUAGAACGAAAGAACAUAUUUUGAACGAGAGAAAUAUUUUUCAUAAGCUUGAUAUUGAAGGGAUUGAUGAAGCACCGAGACAAUAUUUUAUCUAAUAUUAUCAAACGAGCAUUGUUUUUUAUCUCAAGCAAAAGCUUUAAAAAAGCUAACUUUUCUUAUUUUAUUUUUACAUUACAUUUAAAUUUCUGAAGAAACGUACUACAUCCGUAGUAAAUACGGAACUACGCAAUGUGUCACUUGAACCACCGAGUUACUGAAAUAUUUAAUAAACUCGCGCAGAAGUUCUAUUCAAACACUAAUUCUUAAUUUAGGAUUACGAAUAUUACGCAACAAUCGUUUACGCUAUAAGUCAAUAAUAAAAUUAUACAGAAAUUUAUAUUUAUAAAGUAGAUGCAAAAGUAGCAUUCCUUAACAAGUUUAUAUUUCAAUAUUACUCAAUUUAAAAACAUUAAUAAACAAUUUCAAGAGUCUUCAGGCUUCUUAUAUUAUGUAAUGUUAUGUCUAUAAGAACGUGUAAUCGAUUUGUUAAAAUGUAUCAUUUACAUUCUUAUAAGAAUAAUAUGUGUUCGAUGUUCUAUGAACUUGUGUCGUCUGCCUGACCGAUGUGAACAAUUCUUAUUAUAUUUUUAUUUCGACGCAUAAUAAUGCUAAGAGACUGCCAUUUUCUCUUCCACUGUGAUAUGGUUGUAAAUUCGUGACGUUUCUCUGUUAUUUAUGUUUUUCUUUGAGAACGAUUCUAUAUGUCGAUUUUUGCACAAUCGCAAUAGAUAAUAGUCGAAUGACGGAGAAGAGCCUUUAAAUAUAAGCAGCUUCUCUUUAAUAUUUGUUUUAGUAUUUUCAUUUUGUUUGUCUGAUAUAAAUGGUGUGUUUGUACUUAAUUUAAAAAAAUUAAUUACGUUUUGAGUGAAUUUAUAUGCAAAAGUAUUUUCCAUUCUCAGCUCAUCGUCCACCAGUGAUCGUUGACAAAUUCGUACGACGAUUUUCUAUGUUAUAUUUGUGUCAACACAACAAGACUAAUAAAAUUGUAUUUUGAAGUUAACCAUAAUUUAGGUUUGCAUAGAGGUAAGAUAAAGAUGUAUGAAUUUGAUUGAUAAUAACUUUGUAGAUCAAAUUUCUUUAAUGAGUAUUUCAAAUGGUUAGCGUUACAGUAUUAGGUCGUUUAGCAUUCGAUGCUUCCAUUUUGUGUAAAUAAGAAUUACGUACUUUGUUAGAGAUUUAUGGAGCAAAAAUAUAUUGUGGUCUGGUGAGAUAUAA